CCAGUUGUACAAUGUCAGUUAAAACUUAAGUUUGUAGAUUAAACUGUAGAUUUUAGGUUUCUGCUGUUGUACAAUCAACGGUAAUAGAGAAAUCUGCAGUUAAAUCUUUACUGGCACCUUACCUUACGGUAAAACAUAGAAAACUGCAGUUUGACAAAAAAACGGCACACGCACGAACAUUGUUUACAUUUUGUGUAAGGUUAUGUUAAUUGGUAACUACAACUACUGAAUAUCAAGUUAAUAUGAAUGAAAUAUUUGAUAUAUUUGAGGAAUUAAUGUCGGAUGAUGAGGAAAUAAUUAAUUUUGUUGAAAGACCCCGUCGCCGUAAACAGUUUAGACAACGAAAAAAUCAUUUUGAAGAAUGGGACGACGAGGCCUUUUUGGACAGGUUUCGACUGUCCAAGGAUUGUAUUUUGGCAAUCUUAGAACAAAUUGAAGAACAAAUAUCUUAUUUAACAGACAGAAAUGAAGCGGUUGAUGCUCUAACGCAACUACUGUUAACACUCCGUUUUUAUGCCUCUGGUUCUAUGAUAAUUGUAGCAGGUGAUUUUGGAGGUAUACACAAGUCAACUGCCUCCAGGAUUAUUGCACGAGUUACAAGAGCAAUAGCCUCAUUGGCGCAACAUUAUAUUAAAAUGCCUUCGACUGACGAAGAGAAAGCUCAAACAACAAGAAAAUUCUAUAAUGUUUCCCGGUUUCCCAAAGUGAUUGGGGCUAUAGAUUGUACACAUGUUCGAAUCCAAUCUCCAGGUGGUGAUGAUGCCGAACGUUACCGGAAUCGUAAAGGAUAUUUUUCGAUUAAUGUUCAAACUGUAUGUGAUGCAGAGCUGAGAAUACAAAACAUAGUAGCUCGAUGGCCCGGAUCAGUUCAUGAUUCUACUAUCUUCGGAAAUAGUAGGUUGAAGGCGCUAAUGGAAACCGAUUAUCAAGAUUAUUUUCUCGUGGGAGAUUCUGGGUACCCUGUGGAAAAUUAUCUUAUGACUCCGUUGUUAAACCCAAAUACACCUGCACAGCAUUUGUAUAAUGAGGCUCAAAUUAGAACGAGAAACGUAGUCGAGCGUUCAUACGGUGUUUGGAAACGACGCUUUGCAGUUUUAUCACUUGGACUGCGUGUAAAGCUGACAACAACAUUAAAUAUAAUUGUAGCAACUGCGGUGCUGCAUAAUAUUGCAAUCAACAUGAAGGUUAUUAAUCCACCUCCUGUUGAAGUAAAUAUAGAAAAUGUGGAAUGGGAUGUGGCGGUUUACGAAGAGAGACAUGGAAGAGAUAAUGUUCGAACAAACUUAAUCGACAAUUAUUUUUCGCAUUUAUUGUAAUUGUUGUACAAGAAAACUUAAAUAAAAAAUUAACAUUCAUUUUAA